AUGCCUACUGAGUGGAAGGAAGAUGAAGAAACAAUCGCGUUGGCUGAUGGAGUACAAACGAAGGAUAAGGUGUUGCAGAAGAAGGUUUCGUUUGCGGAAACCAGUCCCGCAUCUUCUAUCAGAAUUCAUCCUGAUGAAGAGCCGAUAAUAAUUCGCAAGCAUUCAAAGUUGGGAAGAAUUAUUAACUUCUUGUUAUGUAGGAGUGGAUCAGCUAACAAAAAACAAUCAAAACGUAUCCCCAGUUUGUCUCAGCUGUUCCAACACGCCGGCCCAAAGGAAUCAACUCUAUUAUACUCUGCCAUUUUCCUCGCCAUCUUAUCAGGAAUUCUUCAGUUGGCAGUUGGAGUUCUCACGUAA